GCAUGCCCACAACUCCGAUCAUGAUGAAUGUCAAUAUCCGCGGAAGUGAGCUGUACUAUGGCACUGAAUCACCGCCUCGAUGGCACACUCGGCAUCCACUCCACUCGCUUUCAAAUACUGUCUCGACAGCAUUUGAUCGUGCGCAUUCGUCUUCUGUAGGUGGGAAAUAAAGCUAUUUUUACAUCACAGCUGCUUCCGUGCACCUUUUUCAUGAUGCCGUGUCUACCCGGCGGAGAGAGCGUGCGCCGUUCCUCUUGGAACUCUUAGAGGAUGACGCGGCCGAAAAGCUCACUCAGCCUUGCCCCAAGCAAGGUGGGCGCCACACUUUGUCUCAGCACUUUGUCUCAGAGUCGUGUACGUGACCUUCGCAACUCUCAUUCUGCAAGCAGACUUUUACCUGUGAUCAUGGCUUGGCACUUGCAAUUUUCUCCGCGCAAUUUUUUGAUGUCGCAUGCAUUAUAUCUUGAAUGCACAGCCCCCUUUUGUGUGCACAGCAUUCUCAUACUCGCUGUGGCCUCCGGUGGGCUCGCCUGCAUUCUAUUACUGAAAUGCCAUCUCGCUUCCCGGUCCUUCCGCGGUGUCCCGCCUGUCGUCUCCAUGGCCUAAGGUAAUAAUUGUCAAGUAUACCUCCCUGAAGGUACGGGCGUGUCACCACGCAGGGGUUAUU